CAGAUAUUAUACGGUUCCCUUUGCGAAGAACAGAGGGUGAAGGCUGCGGCUUGAAGCCCCUCGAUUCCCAAAGAUUCAGAGGGAUGCCGUUUGUGCUUCGGAUUUUGGUUAAUGGUAUCUUAUCAACUUUUCACUUGAACCACGCCAUUUUUUUAAAUUUAUUUCUAUUUCCGCUUGUAUUCUAUUCUUAGGGUUCAGCUGUCAACCCUUUCCAUCUAAAGUUUCUUUCGCUCCUUUUACAGUCCCGCUUCAUUCGUCACAGUGCUCGAGAACGGUGACCUUGACAUGCUUCUUAGUCUCUCUUUCCUCCUCUUCCCUUCUUUUAUCCUCACUGCUACUUAUGCGCGGGUACACCAAGCCGCGAACACCAGACACCGUUCCCAACCUGAUGCUCGAUUUCUGCCCAAACAUCCUACUUGCGCUGCUAUUGAAGAAGCAAUCUCGAGCGCAUCGAGUGUGUACUACUUUCCUGAUAUAGCUUUCAUCACGGAUAACUAUCACUACAUGCCUUCGAGUUCACAGAAUUCUGAAUGUUCUGUUGAACCUGGCGCUGUGGAUGAUGUUGCUAAAAUCAUGGAGAUUCUCUCGAACUCGACAACGCCCUUCGGAGUCAAAGGAGGUGGUCAUUCGUCCAAUCCUGGGUUCAGCUCGACUCCGGGUGUUUUGAUCGUCAUGACUCGGUUUAACAAUGUCAACUAUCGCGUGCAGGAGGGCACAGCCGACAUCCAAACCGGUGUCAUCUGGGAUGAUGUGUAUGCUGCUCUUGCUCCUCAUGGGGUGAACGUAGUGGGAGGUCGGGCGUCCGGCGUUGGUGUUGCAGGUUUGACACUUGGUGGAGGUUACUCCUGGUUGACCAAUCUUUAUGGUCUCACUGUUGAUACUGUCGUGGCAUUUGAGCUUGUCUUACCGAACGGCACUGUAGUCGAGGCGAGAGAUGAUCGUUAUCCUGACUUGUUUUUCGGUUUAAAAGGCGGCCUAAACAAUUUUGGCAUUGUGACACGGUUUACUUUGAGGACAUUCCCUCAAACGCAAGUCUGGGCUGGCGUGAUUAUGUACAGUGGUUUGGUUUGGGAGAGGACAGUAGAUGCUGUCUACGCCUUCAUCGCUUCGAAUACAGAUCCGAACGCCAACAUCCUCGCCGCUUACACUGUGGCUGGAGGAGUUCAAGUGAUGCCACUGCUUGUAUUCUACAAUCGUCCUCAACCUCCGUCUAAACUCUUCGAUAAUUUUUUCAACAUCCCUCAUCUUUCAAGUACGGUUGGGACGAAGGACUUCUUGGAUUUCGUCAAAGAAGCUCCCAGCAAUGUCACGGCAAAUUUACGGGGCGCAUUCCACACAGUACCAUUGGCCAAUAUCACGCCCGCGGUUCUGAACAAGAUCGUCUCAGAGGCCAAGCUAUGGGGCUUGCAAAGUCUUCUGGCAGCAGGCAUCUCCGUUUCUUACGAUGUCGAACCUUUCCUACGUACCAUCACUCGGCAUGCAGCCUCUAGUGCAUACCCACACGACAAAUUCGCCUCUCCUUUGCUUCUCUACUUUGAAUGGCCGCCCAGCAUCUCGGACAGUACUCUCAUUAAUGCGAUGAAAGCUAGCGCCUCCUCCAUCGCUGCAGUCGCCAAGGGGGAAGGUCAGGAUCUUGAUUCACUUGCUUCCUACCCGAACUAUUGUCUCGCCGAUACGCCACUCGAAAGAAUGUAUGGGAGCAAUCUGGAUACUUUGAGGGCCAUCAAAAAGAAAUAUGACUCCAGUAAUGUCAUGGGUCGUGCCGGAGGAUUCAAAUUCUAAUCAAAGAAUGCCCAUUUCCACGUCACUCGUUUGUAGCGUUAAGAUAAUAUAUGAUUCCAAUAGGGUACCAAUUAUGCGCUUGGUAGAAAAAUUGUAAUGGCGAAUAAGUUAUCGAUUCGCAAAUUACAGUAAUUAUUGGAAACAGAUCACAAA